CGGCCCAUUAGAAAACCAGUUGCCCAAGAUCUGGAAUAACCUAAUAACCAUUCGUGUUACCAUUUCAUCCGAUCCGGCAUCUCUCUUUACUGCUCAUUUCUCCGUUUCCAGCCCCUCUUCCCCCCUAGGUCGGACGCAGUCUACACCAUGCCGAUCGUCUAGUAUCCCGAGUGAAGGAGCAGAUAUCAUGCGCGUGUCCCAUUCUCUUCUCCAACAAUUUUCGUAUUAGGUUUUAUGAUUUUAUAAUUACUACCCAAUAUUUAGUAUAUUCCCAAAUGGAGGUUAAGCUAUGGAAUGACAAGCGUGAGAGAGAGAUGUAUGAAAACUUCGCGGAGCUGUUUGCCAUUAUAAAAGCAACCGAAAAGCUCGAGAAAGCAUAUGUACGAGAUGUUAUAUCAUCAACUGAGUAUGAAAACGAAUGCCAGAAAUUGAUUGCACAUUUUAAGACUCUGUCCUCUGGAUUGAAGGACACUGUCCCAAGCAUCGAACGGUUUCACGACACCUACAAAAUGGACUGCCCGUCUGCCAUAAACCGCCUGGUGACCUCAGGGGUGCCCGCGACAGUUGAGCACCGGGCAGCUGCUGCUGUAUCAGCUUCCACUUCGGCUGCUGUGGUGGCGGAGUGUGUGCAGAACUUCAUCACAGCCAUGGACUCUCUGAAACUCAACAUGGUUGCCGUUGACCAGGUGCACCCUCUGCUGUCCGACUUGUCGGCCUCCCUUAACAAGCUCUCGAUCUUGCCGCCUGAUUUUGAAGGUAAGACUAAAAUGAAGGAAUGGCUUUAUAGGCUGGCUAAAAUGGGUGCCGCUGAUGAGUUGACCGAGCAACAGUCUCGGCAGCUGCACUUUGACCUUGAAUCUUCAUACAAUUCCUUCAUGGCGGCAUUGCCCUCUGCCGGGACUUAGAUGAUGAAUUGAAUUUGAGUGCUAAUUAAUGGUUUCUUUCAUUAAAAGAAAUUAAGUGGUGCCUUGUUGAACAAAUUUUUAUUUUGUUGUGCGGAUUGACCCUAUGUAGGUUUAUUAUGGUACUACUAUUCUGUGUAUAUGCAGUUAAUCACUAACUCUUCAAUUACCACUUAAAUGAUUCACUGCUAAAGAUCCCAUGUGAGGUGUCCUAAAACUAAGCCUGUUCUGGCUAAGUGGGAUCUAUUUACCACAUGAAUCUUUCCCAUAGGCUUUGACUUCAUUAAUUUGUCAAUGUUACACUAUGUAUCUCUCUGUAUAAGAUUUAUGUAAUUUUUCUAAAUAUCUCUUAUCAAUUUCAUUAUACUUUGACUAGAUGAUUAUCUUCUCUCUUCUCUAAUUGACUACUCUACCUUUUAGCU